CAACAAUAACUGCACAAAUAAAACACGCUCCAUGGAGCCAAGAAGGGCAUGCGAGCACAAUGACAACUCUCACGCAAAAUUUACCCUUUUUUCAUUCUUCCUUCCUCUUUCUCUCUCUCUGUUCUUCUCCGCCAUUCCUCACUUCUCUUCUACCCUAUCAUUCGCCGGGAACUGACCCACCUCAGAUACCAAGCUGUAGCACUCAUGGUCUGGCCGUGAAUAGUGAAGAAACGCCAAGAAAAGUUGUGGGCAUUGGCGGUUUCAGCCUUACGGGUCUUGCAGUGAACAUCCCUCUGAUCCUAACCAUUACACACCCUGUGAAAAAGGCUGCGAAGAGAUGAACGCGCUGUGCGAACUGGGUACCGAUAGAAUCACUGACCUUCCCGAGGAUGUGAUACAGCAGAUUCUGGUGUUGUUACCCAUCAAACAUGCAGGCAAGACGGCCACAUUAUCAACAAAGUGGAGGCGCUACUGGAGAAGUAUUCCUCAACUUGUGUUUUAUGGCGGUGCAAAUGGCAGAUUGAAAUCGAAUAAGAUGAUGGCCAAGUUGAUUUCCAACAUUCACAAAAUCCUGCUUGCUCAUGAUGGUCCCAUAACAAAGUUCCAGCUUUGGGUUCAUGGACUGAAGCCCUGUAAUGGGGUGGAUCAAAUGAUUCUUCAUCUUUCUAACAGAGGUCUCCAAGAAUUCGCCCUUGGCUUUUCUCCUAAUCAUGUUUACAAGUUGCAUUCUUCCCUGUUUUCAUAUCUUCACUUGAACUCUCUGGUUCUUUGGUUUUGUGAAUUUAUUAGGCAGCCAUCAUGGUUUGUGGGGUUUAGUAAGCUUACAGCUCUUCGUUUGAUAGAAGUAACCCUACCCUCUGAUUUCCUUAGCAACUUCCUUCCUAAGUGCCCAAGUCUUAAAUUGUUGGAGCUUCUUUUUUGUCCGUGUCCAAGUAACCUUGAAAUUGUUGCUCCACGUCUCACCCAUUUCUUCUUCUUUGGGGACUCACGGAAGCUCUACUUCAAGUGUACUCCACUUCUGAGCGAAGUUCAGCUUUUGAAUGGGCGCCAAGAAGUGGAGAAGCCUGCAGAUAUGGUGGCUUUAUUUGCCUCUCUCCCAUUACUCCAACUGUGUGUUGUUGACAUCCAACUUUUAGAAUACCUUGUUGCAGGUGAUGCUAAUCUUCCCAUCAGGCUUCCUACUCCUCUUCACCAGUUAAAAGCCCUCUACAUCAUUAUUCCCGACUUGGGUAGCUUGAAGAAUGCUCGUGCUUUUCUUUGUCUCAUCAUGAGUUCCCCCAAUUUGUACGAGGUCAUAAUCGAGCUGGAUCCUAAGCAACUAAAUCAGCCCGUGAGUAACAACGUGGUAGCAAGCAUAGGAAGCUUAUUGGAAGCAGAGAACCGCCAUGGAUUCGGUUGCUGUUUGCAGCAUCUUACAAUGUUUAAGAUUGUGGGCAGCCUUGGGAUGCAGGUUGAGCUGGACCUUUUGAGAUUCAUACUAGCCACUGCCCCGAUACUACGAAUGAUUUACAUUGCACCUGCUGCCAAUUUGGACUCCAGGAAGGCUUCCAAAUUCAUGAAGAAGGCACCUUACUUCUCUGCUGGCGGUGGCGGGCUGGCGGCAGCGGUGGCGGUCGCGGUCACAUGCCCUAGCCCGAAGAAACAGAAAGGACGGAAGAGGAUGUGCGAACUCACUGCCGAUAGGAUUACCACCCUUCCUGCGGAUGUGAUACAUCGGAUUCUGGUGUUCUUACCCAUCAAAGAUGCUGCCAAAACUAGUAUACUUUCAACGAAGUGGAGGCACCAUUGGAGGUGCACUCCUCAACUUGUGUUUGAUCUUUGGUUUGCUAACGAACACGGUGGAUGGGAAUCGAAUGGGAUGAUGAAUAAGUUGAUGUCUAUCAUUCACAAAAUCCUGCUUGUUCGCGAUGGACCGAUAAGGAGGCUCGAGCUUUCAGUUCCUGGUUCAAAGCCCCAUGAGAUGGAUCAGAUUCUUAUUCAUCUUUCCAAUAGAGGUCUCCAGGAACUCUGCAUUGACUACUAUAAUCGUCGUCGUAUUUACAAGGUGCAUUCUACUCUGUUUGCUUGCGUUCACCUGAACUACAUGAGGCUUUGGUUCUGUGAAUUUAUUAGACAGCCACCAUGGUUUCUGGGUUUUAAUAAGCUCAGGGUUCUUGAACUGGGGCACGUCAUCCUCCCCGCGGAUUUCUUUGGGAAUUUCCUUUCCAAGUACUGCCCAGUGCUUAAAAAGUUGAGCGCUGUAUAUUGUGAAGGUGUUGGUAAUCUUGAAAUCGUGGCGCCUUGUCUUGAAGAGUUCGACUUCCUCUGCUACAAGUUACAGAAAUUCUGCUUCAAAUGCACUCCUCGGUUAUCGACAGUUCGUCUUCGAUGGUACGGAAAGCUCAGCGAGGUUGUAGAUACAGUAGACUUCUCUGCUUCCCUCCCAGCGCUUGAGCGGUUAUAUGUUGGCUUCCAAUUCCUACAAUACAUUGUUGCAGGUGAUCAUAAUGCCCCCAUCAGGCUUCCUAAUCCUCUCGAACGGUUAAAAUUCUUAACCAUCGAUCAUCUUGACAUGGGUUGCUUGAAGAAGGCGCGCCCUGUUGCUCGUCUGAUCAUGAGUUCCCCCAACUUGCAUGCGCUCACAAUUAAGCUGGAUACUAAGCAACUGGAUCAGCCGACAAACAGUAAUGCAGCAGUACCAAACAUAGGAACAUUGUUGGAAGCAGAAGACCGCAACAAUACCGGUUGUUGUUUACAGCACCUUAAAGUGCUCAGAAUCGAGAAAAUGCAUGGGAUACAGGCUGAGCUGAAUCUCGUGAGGUUCAUAUUAGCCACGGCCCCGCUCCUGGAGAAGGUUCACAUUGCCACCAAUGACAAAUUGGAAGACAGAAAUGCCGCUGAAUGCAUGGAGGAGGUGAUGCAGUACAAGCGUGUUUCUCAAGUAGCAGAGAUCAUAUACGCAGGGAAACAAGAAGCUUGACGUUUUUUUCUGUGGGUGGUCGAGGCUUUGAUGAAACCUUUCCGUCAACAACGAUGUAGAGCAAAUUAGAUGCUUGUCAUGUCCUUAUGAGGGUGAACACAAAACUGAUGAAGUGGAGGAACAUUGUCGGAGGCUGUUAUGGUUUUAACACUUGCAGUAUAUUUUGAGGGGAAUGGCAGCACAACUGGACUGGAGAAGCCCUGCAGUAAGCUACUUAAUUUUCCAGUGUUCUGUGUUCGCUGGCUAUACAUAGUUGAAGGUUAGAAGUUAGAUGUUCGUUCUUGAAUCCAAAGCUCUUUAGGAUAGUGCUAUAGAUAUUCAGAUUACUACAAUUAUCGUUUGGAUGUUGAAAACUGUUGAUAAUAGUUUCUGUGUUAUGAUUAUUACGAAAAAUGGUAUGUAGCUUAAUCCAAUUAAGCCUGCAUCUCCAGCAAAAUAGCAGU